CCAGUAGUCAGUAACUACUGAACGUGAAAGUUAGUAACUACUGAUUGAAAUUGUUUAAUAUUUUAUUUUUUUUAAUAAUGGAUUUUCGUUACAUUUUGUUAUUAUUCACUUCAUUGACAUUUUCUGAUGCCUACAAAGUGUUGUUUAUAGGAAUAUUCAAUGGAAAAAGUCACUCCAUGUUUUUGCAAUCAUUUGUAAAGUCUCUUUUAAAUCGGGGUCACGAAGUUACGUUUUUAACCAGUCAAUCAUUUAUGAAGCAUACAAAUUCUACAAACUAUUCAGAAGUACUGAUUGAUCCACCUUUUGAUUUGAAAUCAUCGUGGACUCAGGAUAAGUUGACGGAUAUGACAGAUUUGUCUUUAUUCAAGUCCAUUUUGAUAACGUUGUCGAUGACAAAAGUGAUGAACGAAUAUGCAUUUGAAAAUCCAAAUGUUCAAAAAUUAAUUCAUAGCAGCGACCUAAAUUUUGAUGUCGUUAUCAAUGAACAAUUUUUCGCCGAUAGUUUCCUGAUGUUUGCCCAUAAAUUCAAUGCUCCAAUUAUUACGAUUUGUCCGUUUGGCAUCACCGACCAUAUAGAUCAACACAUGGGUUUGAUCACUCCAAUAAGUAAUGUACCGCAUUGGAUAUUACCGUAUACAGAUAAUAUGUCAUUCAUCGAACGGUGGCAUAAUGCAGUAGCAAGUAUUUUUGACUUUAUUAUGUAUCGAUUCGUCUAUCUUCCGACCGAAGAAAACCUAGCAAAAAAGUAUUUUGCUCAUUUGGGCCCAUUGCCUUCAUUAAACGAUUUAUUGAAUAGCAUAUCUGUGGUAUUUGUCAAUAGACAUCGAGCUUUAUCACCACCGCGACCAGCAAUGCCAGGCACAAUAAGCAUUGGAGGUGCACAUAUCAAAGAUGCAAAUCCAUUACCAAAUGAACUUCAAACAUUCCUCGAUGAAUCAACGGAUGGAGUUAUUUAUUUCAGUUUGGGAACGAUAAUUGAAAGUUCAAAACUACCCAAGGAGAAAAUUCAAGCAUUUUUAGAUUCAUUCCGGCAUCUGAAACAACGUGUUUUGUGGAAGUUUGAAGAUGAAACACUCGAGAAUGUUCCAUCGAAUGUUAUGAUCAAAAAAUGGAUGCCACAAAAUGAUAUUCUUGCUCAUCCGAAUGUAAUUUUAUUUAUUUCACAUGGCGGUCUAUUUGGUACAUCUGAAUCGCUCUACCAUGGUGUACCACUUUUGUUGAUUCCGUUCUUUGGAGAUCAACAUCGUAAUGCACACCGAAUUCAAACGGCCGGCUAUGGAAAAUUCAUACUAUUCGCUGAAGUAACAAAAGAAUUGGUAUCGAAGAAAAUUGAUGAACUCAUUUCGGACAAGACAUUCUUGAACAGAGCAAAACAAACGUCGGCCAUUUUCAAGGACAAUUUAGCUCAUCCAAUGGACGAGGCUAUGUUCUGGAUUGAACAUGUUUGCAAAUUCAAAGGCGCAAAACAUCUUAAAUCACACGCUGUCAACAUGUCAUGGUUCACAUAUCUUAUCCUGGACGUAAUCUUGGCCAAUUUGAUUAUUGCAUUGGUAAUCAUACUCGUUCUGUAUAAAUUAGCAAAAAAAUUGUUAUCAAAGAACAAAACCAAAGAAGAAUCAAGAAAGAAACACAAUUAAUUCAUUUUAAUAAGUUAAAAUUGUAA